CUGUAUCUGUUUUUGUUUAACAAGCUAAGUACGUACAAACAUGGAAGCCAAAUACUACAGGGAGGAGAAGGAAGGCCCCGUAAUUGACACCUGGGGGCCUGUAAUGCAUUUCAUGUCCAGCGAGAUUUCGGUUACAAACCUAGAGACCUGUAUUUCUCACAAAUCAUAUAUAUUCGUAUACAAACACAAACACAAACAGACCUGAGACCGACCCAACCAAAGGGCUAGGGCUUGCAGAAACACAAGGAUUUAAGCCUUAAAUCCUUAAAAAAAUUCUGAUAGAUUAAGAAGCCCUAGCUAAUUGUCAAUAAAUGCCGUCGAAAACCGCCGCCUACCACGCCGUUCCACCUCCAAAACCGGACCUUGCCGAAUCCGAUGAUGUCGAAGAGUUGAUGCCCGUCAAGACAAGCGGGUGCUGUUUAUGGAUGCCCUGCUUCGGCUCAGAACCGUUCUCCAGCGACGGGUCCUGGGAGCGGAUCCGGUACAGCGGCGACCACGUAGAUCCGUGGUGGAACCGGGGCUGGAAGAAGAUCCGGGAGUGGUCCGAAGUAGUGGCGGGCCCCAAGUGGAAGACCUUCAUCCGCCGCUUCAACAAGAGCACCGCCAACAAGCGCUCCCCCAAAUUCCAUUACGACCCCAUGAGUUACUCCCUCAACUUCGACGAGGGCCCGGGGCAAAGCGGUAAUUUGGACGACGAUUACUUGUACAGGGGUUUCUCCUGUCGGUACGCGUCCAUUCCGGCCUCCGCUAAGUCGUCCAUGGAUUUGGGGAAGGACGGGCCCUCAUUCACGUGAGAGUCACGUGAUGAUGAGAGAGAGAGUGUGUGUGUGUGUGUGACAGUGCGUGUGAAUGAGAACGAAGGAAACGGAGGGAUAUUCGGUGCGCCGCGUGCGCUAACGUGCGCUGGCGCGGAGUUUUGCGGGAGAGUUGAGACGGAGGAGGAGGAGAAGAGAGAAAAGCGCGGCGGUUGACUAUUUUGCUUUUUAGGGACCCGUGACUGUCGGUUGACUCGGGGGUGUAGGUUCAGAUUUUUUUCCAUUUUAAUUGAUUUUAUAUUUUGACCGAAGUAAAAAAGGGAAAAAAUUGAUGUUCUUUUAAUUAGUAAAUGGAAUAGGCUCCAUGAAAAUGGAACAAUUGAUUUCUAACGAAUUUUGUGUAUGUGAAGGUAAGGUUUGUGGUUAGGUGCAAAACAAACAUUAUGAUAUAUAAAAAAAGUUUUAAGUAAUUAUAAGUAUACUAUGUGUUAAGACAACUGGAUAUGACGGUAAGUCCAUCCUUUUGUACGGAGAGGGGCAUUCGAACUUGGCCUAACGCAUAUAUAGAAUGUAAAAUAUGAUUUAACACAUCAAUUAUCUAUAUAAUUAAGCUUCAAGGUCA